AUGGACUUUCUUGAUCAGAGUGGUAUUCCUAAGGUGUUCAUCGCGGGUGGGGACCAUUCCGACGGUCAACCGAAGAGAAGAGCUGCGAUUCUGCUGGACCGGCCUUCGAGCGGUGACGGGAGGUAUGUUGUGAAAGGCUGCCAAGGUCCAUGUCCGGGAAAGAGAAGGGUUUCGGUGAAGGUGCGAGUUGCUGGACGUUUGAUGGAAUACGAGGACGUCGGGUGUUCUCUGAACUUCUGCCGUCCGGUCCGGGCUCUCUACGUCAUCUCCAUAUUGCUCCUCUCAUGUCGACGGGCGAAAACCUCCCCUCAACCUCACCGCCGCGUGCGCGCGAGUCCGACGAAGAAGACGCCCGCAGCCGAAGCUCUCCCCGGACCAGGCACGAUGUCGCGAAUCGAGGAGAAGCCUGGCCUGAAUGCUUCGACCCGUCCGCGCCCACGAUCCGACAGAGCACAGCGCCGUGCCGACACCACGCACAACCUCGAGCAAGUACGCAUCGGCGGAGUGUUUGAUGAAGAAGGAGAAUGA